UGAUCGACCAUGUGGGUCUCCCCGCACGCCGUUGGUGUUCUGUGCAUUUGACUUCGGAGGAUCAGCGGUCUUAUGAUCGCGUGCCUUCCAUGACAGGCCUUUAGCUGCGAGAUUUGCUUUCCUUUCCAAGAUAGAUGAGGAUCCACCAACGCUAUCAACAUUGCACUGCGACCUCCUGCUCCCCUCUGCCAAUGCGGACACGAUGAUUCCUGCGCGUCGACGACGGUCAAUAGCCCAAACAAGGGCGCGUAGGCGCAGAAUAGCGAGGCGAUGGUGAAAGAUAAGGCGAAGGCUGCAGAGCAGUCGCAGCCCAUGGACACGGCGCAUGAGCGGAGGUCAAGUUGCGAACAGCCAGCCAAGUCACAAGUCUCUGCCGAGCAGCAGUCCGCCUGGCCGCGGUCCUCUGACUCCGCUGAUGCGCCAGAUGGACACCUGACAGAGGAGAAAUCCGCUGCUGAGAUUGCUGCCGAGAAUGUUCACAAGCAACGCGCGCGACUGCGCGCACCGUGGGCGUGCUCUCUUCUCACUUUGGCCGCGUCGGCAUGCUCCAUACUGUUACUGGUGGUCAUUGUGCGGUCCUUCCUGAUGCUGCAGCUGGAUCCGAAAGGCUGCGCUAUGUCGUACAUGAUGCCGGCCUUCGCUCGCUUCGAAGAUUUUGACACCGAGCACACUCGCUUUGCUAGCAAAUACUCAUUGUAUCUGUACAGAGAGGGAGGGGUCGACGAAGACACAAGGGUCAAAGGCGUCCCUGUGCUGUUCAUACCCGGCAAUGCCGGCAGCUACAAGCAGAUGCGACCAAUCGCCGCAGAAGCAGCGCACUACUUUCACGACGUGCUCCGUGAGGACAUGGCGGCAAUUGGCUCCGGAAAGCGGCCUCUCGACUUCUUCACUGUCGACUUCAAUGAGGAGCUGUCUGCGUUUCAUGGCCAGACGCUCCUGGAUCAGGCUGAGUAUCUCAACGAGGCCAUAGCUUACAUUCUGGCCUUGUAUCACAACCCGCACAAGUCUGUGCGGGAGAGUGGUCUGCCCGAUCCCAAGUCGGUGAUCAUCAUUGGUCACUCCAUGGGCGGAGUUGUAGCGCGCACCAUGCUGCGCACGCCGAAUUACCAGGAGCACACCAUCAACACGAUUGUUACACUUAGCGCCCCGCAUGCAAGAGCGCCGAUUUCGUUCGAUGCCGAAAUGGUUGCUACAUACAACGACGUCAACACCUUCUGGCGCGAGUCAUAUGGCCAUUUGGAUCCCAGCCAAAACCCUUUGGCAGAUGUCACGCUUGUCUCCGUCGCUGGUGGCGGUCUUGACACGAUGAUACCGUCCGAGUUUUCCAGCGUGACUUCGCUCGUUCCAGACACGCACGGGUUCACGGUGUUUACGUCCGCAAUACCACAUGUCUGGACUGGGAUGGACCACCUGGCUAUCAUGUGGUGCGAUCAAUUUCGGAAGGCACUAACGAGAGCGAUCUUCGACGUUGUCGACGUUAGACGCUCGUCGCAAACUAUGGCUCAACCAGAGCGAAUCAAGGCGCUUCGGAAGAGGCUUCUGACGGGAAUGGAGUCUGUGGUGCGUAAAGCGGUCCUGGACGAUGAGCCAACAACCUUCUUGACACUAGAGCACAACACAAACACCAUUCUGUCGCACGGCGAGCGCUUAACUUUGCGGUCAACCGGCGAAGAGACGACGAGUACAAUGUCCUUUCUUCUGCCUGUCCCUGCGCAGCCAUUUGUCAAGGGAAGCAGAUUCACAAUGCUUACCGACCAGACUCUAGAGCAUGCGGACGAUGACGCGACCUUCACGGUCCUGCUGUGCAGUAUCUCGCCACCAUCAGCAGUAUCUUUUGGCAUGUCACUCACACCAAACACAGACGCGUUACUGGAUACGGCCAGCUCUACUCGGCUUGCUUGCAAGAAUGCCGCAGAAGAUGCCAUCUAUCUCCCCGCCUCGACUAAGACGUCAGUCAACGCGUUUGAUGAAGGACGGCCAUUUUCAUACCUGCAAUAUGCACUGGAUGAUCUGAACAAUUACCAAUUCGUUGCCGUGGUGCAGCGAGCAGCUAAUGCGCGGAAAAGUUGGCUCGUCGCCGAGUUCAGCUCAGGCGCUGCGUCUUCCAUCAAGGUCAGCAGAGGACACCACCAGCUUUUGCUGAAUGGCCUGCGUCUCGAGCUGCCCUCAAAGCGGCCAAUGAUGACAGAGCUCAAGAUUCCAGAAGUGCAUUCAACGCUAUUUGCGUAUAAGCUGCGUAUCAAGCGAAAACUGUGCGAAUCUAAGCAGGAAGAACUUUUUGCUCCGUUGCUGAGGCAGUAUAUCCAAGAGCCUUACGAGUCGAAGUAUUUCGUGAACACGGAAGGUGGCAACAUCAAUGUGCAUGGUGUCUCGCCCUACAUGCCGCCUCCGCUAAGUGGUAAAGACGCGAGCGAAGGCCUUUCACUCCAGCUAUGGACGGAUCCGACAUGCAACACGACAGUCACGGUGUUGCUGAGAGUCGACAUUCCUGGCAGCGCAGGCAAGCUCGUCAUGCGCUAUCGAACCAUUUUCGCGUCAUUCCCACUGCUCGUGGUAGCGAUUGUGCUUCGAAAGCAGUUCAAAAUCUACGACACGACCGGCGUGUUCAUGAGCUUCUCCCGCAGCAUGGACCAAUGUAUCCGGACCUCACUGCCCGCGGUGUUCGCAGCAUUGACUUUCUUAGCCGUGGCGUUCUCAAAGGCCAUACAGGGCACGUGGGCUCGACGCUGGCUUAGCAUGUCAACUGGGGCGAGCGAGCAAGCUGUCGACUUCACAAUCAAUGAUUUUAUGCUUGGCACUUCGGACCCAUUCUUCUGGUUCCUAGUCCCGCUCUUCGGCCUUAUUAGCGUUGGUGUCUGCAUUGCAGCCAACUAUCUCGUACUAAUGCUGACCUAUCUCUUUGCCUUCGGCUACGGUCUGGUCCGCAAAUGGUCGGCACGCUCAGAAGAAGCUCGCAAGACAGCAAACACAUUCGCUGUAAACGCGCCCUAUCAGCGCGCGAUAACGACAGGUGUCCUGCUGCUGAUGGUCAUCACGGUCAUCCCGUAUCAGUUUGCUUACAUCGUUCUCUGCAUUGUGCAGACAACCACCGCCAGCCGUGGGCUCCGCGCUGCGCUGGACCUGGGUUCUGGGCAAGCGUACAACUUCUACAAUUACGUUCAUUCUCUGCUCGUGCUUAUGCUUUGGAUACUACCGAUCAACGUGCCGGUGCUCGUUGUCUGGAUACAUAACCUUGCCGUACACUGGCUAACACCGUUUUCUACACACCAUAAUCUACUGUCUGUGCUACCAUAUAUCUUGCUCGUUGAAAUGAUGAGCACAGGCAGCAUGGUGCCGCGAGUGACAAGUCGCACACGCUACAUCACUAACGUGGCGCUCUUCGCUUUCGCCCUGUACGCGGCCGUCUACGGCGUCACGUAUGCAUACCGGCUGCAUUACAUGGUCAACGCGCUCUGUGCGUGGUUGUUCUUGAUUCACAUGAGCGCUGGCCCGUUGCCAGUGGCGAAGCUGAUGCAGCAUUUGCCUGGAAGACGUUCGAGCCACGGGCGCGAUAGCAAGAAACGGCCUUGAUGAGCCUACGCCAUACAGCGGA